AAGAUGAGCCAACUCCUGUGCUGUGAUUGAUUGUCCAUGCAGGCAUUACCCACUGUUUCCCACAUGAGAGUGGUGAUCUUUAUCCUGUAAUACCUGUAAAAUCCUUUAUUGACCAAGCUUGAUGAUCGAUAUGGCUACAUAUCAGCCACUACAUGUAUCAUCCAUAUUGAACUCAGGCUUGGUCAAUAACUCAUAUAUUUAAUAAAUACUUAUUUACUGUUGACACUUUCUGAUAUUUUCUCUCUGUGAAAGGCUAUGGUGGUUAUCAGACAGGGUUUAUCAGAUCCACAUGUUCGAUUUGGGCGUCGGCUUGCACUGAUACAGAGAGCUAGGCGUAUCCUCUCUUCACCUGCGUUUCAAAAAGGAAAGAAGAAAAAGUGCGAAGAGUUUGCAGACCUUGAUUUAGAGGAACCAAACCCGUCCAAAAGUAUCACCAUCUCUGGGACAAGAUGUGCUGAGCUUGGUGUCUUCAUUUCUCCUGAGAUUGACCAAAGUGGCCAAGUUAUUGAUGGUACAAAAACAUUCUGUGCAGUGGAGGAAUAUGCCUUGUCAUAUUACCGGCAGCAGGGAUUUGAUCAGGGAAUCCAUGGUGAAGGAUCAACCUACUCCUCACUCUACUGCUUGUUCAUGUGGGAUAUUAUUUUUGCAGGUGUCAUUCCUGAUGUUUUUAGAAGUCCUUUCCAGGCUGCACCUUUAGACAUAUGUUUUGACUCAUUUUACACCAGCCGCAAGGAAAUGAUUGUCAAGAGGUUGGAAGAGAUAACAGCAGCACCAGUCAAGAAACUUCAGGAAAUACUUGUCAAGACAUGGAAUAAUCAUGAAAGCGAGCUUUGUGCAGGCCUCAACUGGGAUCGGUUCACAAAUGUAGAACAAGCGAAGCAACUGGUGGCUUGUCUGGGUGGCCAGGUGUUAUCAGGCAUAUUUACUCGGUUCGCUCAAGGUUAUCGCUAUCAUCGAUCUGGUUUGCCUGACCUAGUGGUGUGGAAUUCGUCUACUUUGGAUUACAUGAUUGCUGAGGUCAAGGGACCUGGAGACAAGCUCUCUACUAAGCAACAAAUCUGGCUUGAUGUGUUGGCAUCACUUGGAGCGAAUGUUGAAGUCUGUUAUGUCACUGCUGUAGGUGCCAAGCGCCUUAAAGUUUCAAAGUAAAAUACAGUCGACGAGGAAACUAUUACCCAGUCUGCAAUGGUAAUAAAGGAGUUACUUAAACAUUCCUACCAUUAUUGUCAAGUGGUGUUAUGAAAUUUCCAUUCUCAGCGCUAAAUGUUAUAGCGAUUUCUUGCAUCUCCUCGUUGUUUUAUGUUUGUCUGUUUGUCUGUUUGUUUGUUUGUUUGUUUGUUUCCUUCUUGUAAGACUUGAUAUUUUCAUCGGUGUACAUAGACAAUUUAAUUUGUAUUUUGAGAAUACUGCAUAUAAUUUACAUAUUUAAAUACUUCAUUUUUAUAUCAUUUUCAAUAGUGAGCCUGAGAUUUCUUUGAAGUGAUAAAUAUGAGGUUAUCCUCGAAAAGCCGUAACGAGUUUGUGAAGCUUUACAAACUCUUUGUAGUGACUGAUUCUGUGGCUGCAACACAACGUAAGUUGCACCCAUAGAUAAUGAGCAAAGACGUAAACCUUUUGGAUACAAUGAGACAUUCUGUUGAUUAUGUAACGCACCAUUCUGUUAAAUGUCCUCCCAAAAAUGUCAGCUCGCGUAAUGAAGAAACAAGUUUGCCGUCAUUGCAAUGCUCGCCUAAUUAACAUAGCCUACUGUCCGAAGGUUUCGAUAUCUGCACCCAUGCACAGGUUUUAGUCUGUGUGGAGUGCGGAAACUAAACGGUUUCGUCCCGAUGGCAUAUAAUUAUGAACGAUUACUUCGUAUAAGCUUUCUCAAAACGGUCAGGGAUCCUCACGAACAGAGCGCGCGCGCGCUUUUACGCAGUCAUGGCAACCGUGUAGUGAAAUCAAUUGUGACGUUGCUUUCGCUUAAAAUGAAAGAGUUCAUGUGAUAGUGAAGCUGUUACGAUGGCUGAAGAGUGUCAAACUCCAGCCGUACUCCCAGUUUCGUGCUCUUUAACCUCUAUUUCGUUGGGGGAUGAUCUUCCAAUGUGCCGAAUAUGUCACAACACUGGCGGAGAACAAAACGAAUCUUUACAUAGAGUGUGCUGGUGUAAAGGAACCAUGGGGGAGGUACACAAGUCGUGUUUAGAGACGUGGUUAAGUGCUGUGUACACCGACAGAUGCCCGAUCUGCAAUUACCACUUCCGCACGAAAAGAAUUUUCAAACCGAUAAGACAGGUAAUCUGCACUGAAUUUAAGCGUGAUACUUGUUUAACAGUGUACUACGCUUAUAUUUAACUAACAAACUAACGCGCUGUUUAACGCGCCAUUCACAAAAGUCAGCUAGUGUCCAGACGGGCUAUUAUUUUAACGCGCGGUUGAAAAAAAGGUUUAAAUUGCAAAGCUACUUUCAAACAAACGUUCACGCCGAAUUUCAAAUUAAAAACAUCCCAGCAAGCACCUUAUAAUCGGGAAAAUCUGAUGCAAUGCUUUUAAAUAUGAUUCAGUGAUAAGUAAGUUGCAUUAUUCAAUGGCAUGCCUUUAGCCUAACGUUAGCCUGUUUUGAGAGGUCGAAAAUAUCAACUAUGUAUUUUGCUUGCUGCUGCAGGGAAGUUCCUUUAUUUCAAAGGGUUUGCAUUUUUUCAGCGAUUUCCGACUUCCCACACCAUGUGCUCGCCCUCUACUUUUUUUCAACGUCUCCCACAUCAAAUGCGACCUCAAUCUUUUGUCUGAACUUUCUCCAGCAAUUUUCACCGAAUUGUUGCGACGUCAGAUUGUUAUGCAAACAUGAAUGAAAAAAAAAAAA